ACGGUCGUCAGUCACACACUCCAUGGUGAUGGCGUGGCACCUCGCCGCCGCCUGCGCCCCGCGCCUCGCCGUCGUCGCCUCCUCCGCCUCCGGGGACCCCGUCCGCCGUAUCCGGCGCCGCGUUAGGGGGUCACCUCCCAGGAAGACUCCCACGCCGGCUCCAACCCAGCCGUCCGUCGCGGAGGUGCGGCGCGCCAUCGGCGCCGACAACGACCCGUCCGCCUCCGGGAAGGAUAAGCAGUCCGGUUUCAUGAAGAUCCUCGCCUCCACGCCGAUCGGGCAGCCGGAGAGCGACGCCGAGCGCCGAAUCCGCGAGGCCGCCGAGUGGGUCGUCGACAACACAGAGGCGCGUGCACAGCAAGGGCAAAAGUCUGUCUUGGUGCUUUGUAUGAAGAUCUUUCCUCUGUGGUUCUUCCUCAUGCUUAUUGCCCUUGGAGUUAUAAAGUUACCGUUUGAUAUUCCUGGUCUGGAUAUGGAGAAUCUACUAAUGUAAAAUGUAAAGUGUUAGGUUGUUUCUUAACUUUGUUCUUCCAGCCAUAUGAGGUGUGGAUACUUGAAAAAACUGUGAUAGAUAUGUUUCACACUAUUGAAGUUACUUCUUAUGUAAGAUAUGAAUAAGUUACCCUUCAAAAAAAAAAAAGGAAAUGCGAAUAAGUUGUAUACUUGCUUC